GGUGAUUUUUACUUGUGUUUGUCCUAAGGAUAAUUAUUUCUUUUACCCGUAUUAUGUGUGUGUGUGUAGACACACAAAACAAAACAAAAAAACAUACAAAUACCCCCGGUAAAUAAUAAUGGGAAAAUCUUCUCACAAAUAAUAAAAAAACAAGACAACAACAUGUAUCAAAAUGUAAAAAAGAAAAUGUGAGUACCCUCAGGACAACUCCGUGGUUUGUUAUUAAAGUGGAGUUGGUUGGGUUGUCAGACGGCAAUUUUUUCCUCGUAAAAAUCAGUGUGUAGAACUAAUGGCAUCUAAAUGCCAGCUAGAAUUUGCCGAAUAUUUUAGCGAUGCUUUAAACUUCAGUUUUAUUUGUUUUGUCUGUACAGUAAUAGCUUUUUUUCACCAAUCCAAAGCAAUUAAACUGUCUGUUCAACUAAAAAGUAAAGAUAGUGUACAGUAUUGAGCUACCAUCACAUGGCAACACACAGUUUUAUCGAAUGUUUGUCAAGUUCAACUGUUUAAGGCUUUACAGUAAAUGUAGGAGUGCCGUACUGUAUUAUAUCUGAAUGGUGAAUAGUGUCAUGAAGGUUGCUCAGUAUCUCAACUGGUCCACCAUUUCAUUUUUAUUUUCAAUGUUAUAAGUAAUGAUAGAAUAUGAAACCUAAAAUGUCACUUGGAAAUUUUUUCUGCAGCCUUUGGUGGACAUUUCACUUCAUGUGAUUUUUAACAAGCCAAGUAAAGAGAUGUGAUUAUGCAGAAUAGGAUAUAGAUAUGUGCUGCACUUUUGUGGUUGGGCAUCAACAUUAGAUGCAGUAGUGUUCUUUAAGCAUGACCACAUUUAACUUUUUUUGUGGCAUGACAGUUUUUCUAAUGCUGUCAUGGAGUCCUUUGUAAAAUGAACAAAUACCAGUACCGUACAUGAAUUGUACAUACGGAAUGUAUGAUUCAGUGACAUUGUUUAUUUAUGGAUGGGCCAAUAUGAAAUGAGAGAAUGUGUAUACUGUAUUGGUAAAUCAAAGUGGCAGCUAUAUGAAAAUAUUAGAUAUUUAGAUAAUUUUCUGCGUUAGUUGUCAUAUAAUAAGAUUCAAUACAUUAUCAACAGUACUGUACAGUAUAUUGUUUUGACUACCGUAGAUGUCCAGCAGGAAGACAUGAUUAUGGACUUGACAGAAACUUCAAAAUUGCCAGUUGUUUUCUUAAGCCUGGUAACAAUAGAAACUUGCUGUACACAUAAAAUCUAGAUUUACUUUGCAUUUUAUUCUGCCAGUAUAAAAUGGAAUGAUUGGAAAUGACUAUGAUUUGUUAAUUUUAAUCAGACCAUUAAGAAAACUUGUAAUGCAGUACAGUAUAUGUAUACUGUAUUGAAAAAAAUAUAUGUUCAGGUAAUUGGAAAUGCUGUACAGUACUACCAUUUGAAAAUUGUGAAACCGUCACUUACUGUACGAUAUCAACGUUCAUGUCUUCAGAGUGCCACAAGUUAAUUUUUUAUAUACCCAUCCUUAUGGGAAGCCUUGGAACGAUUGCAAGAAAAAUGGUGUAUUUUGUGCUUUUGGCCCAUCACAAAGCGUCCUGUUUUCAGCAACCCAGGUUCCAGCCUUUGAAGUCAUUUAUUAUCACUACGAAUGAGGAAGAUGUAUCCAGUUAGCAGAGACAAUCUUGAGACAUGUCUGUGGUGAGGUGACCACUAAUUAGGUGGUGCUUGUCUAGAACUUCAUUCCAUCUGCCAAGUUUAAUAGACAGCCAAGCACGAUGGAAACCAACCAGAACACUUCAAGUAUGAUGUGGUAUAACUACAGUCCUGUUGAUGGCCUUAUUACCACAAAUGCUCCAGUUCAAGUAGAAUUAGGUACAGUUGACAUAGCAAGACAAAUUAAUCAACAAGUUCAAUUGCAGUAUGGUAACUUACAGGCAGUACCAGCCCAACCUCAGCAUCAGAUAAUAGUUAGUACUCACCCGCCACAACCCCAACCAGCUCCGCCAACUCCAGAAUCACCCGUUACUCCUAAACCGCCAAAGCCUCGUGCAAGAGCAGCAAAUGGUGAACGGGUGCCUUGUGGCGAGUGUGGAAAGACUUUUUCUUGUAAUGCAAACUUACGAGAUCACAUGAGACUUCACACUGGUGAAAGACCAUUUGUUUGUGGUGAAUGUGGAAUGUCUUUUGCUCAGCGCUCUAACUGGAGGUUACAUAAACGUGUUCAUACUGGAGAAAGACCUUAUAUGUGUGGCAUAUGUGGCAAAACAUUCUCUCGUAGCUCCCAUUUACCUGGUCAUAUGAGAGUUCAUACUGGGGAGAGACCAUAUUCCUGUGAGCAGUGUGACCAUUCAUUUGCCUCUGCGCAGGCUUUGAAAAAUCAUGCACGCACCCACACAGGUGAGAAACCUUUUGUAUGCGAAUUCUGCCAGACUGCUUUCACACAUAGUUCAUCUUUGUCUUCUCAUAAAAAAAGGUGCACUGGUGAAAAAAGAAAGCGUGGUAGACCUCUUGGUAGUGGUCGUAAGUCAUACAGAAAAAAGCCUACGGGUAGACCCCGUGGACGGCCUAGAAAGAAGAGUCGGUAUGGAAAGAGAGGUCGCAGGAAGAAUCCCCCACCUGGGGACGAACAUGGAGAACCAAAAGAAGAAGGAGCUGUAGUUAAGGCUGAGAUUCAUACAGAUAAUGAAGAAUCUCAAAUGCAAUCAGUAAUCCAGGCAAAGCAAGAGUUGGAAGAUAUACCUACAGUAAUUGUUGAUGCUGACUCCAUAGAUGUAGAGCACGCCGAGCUACAUAAUGAUCCAUUAGAAUUAGAGAAUCAUAUAACACAGGAAGAAUCCAUAUCUCAGGAAAGUCAUAUGAUGCAUCAUGAAAUGGUACCACCAGAACAGGUUGUCUCUGUGGCAGCAGCAACUGCAGGCUUGGAUGAGACCAGCAAUCUACACCAAGAGGCAGCUGUUGCUAUGGCUGCAUUACAUGAGGGAGCAGCACUUAAUUUGGCUCACCACCAGUUGCCUCAAGAAACAUAUGUUGAAAGAGAUGCAUCUCAUACCAUGUGGUACCCUAAACAACACUACAACAAGAUGGAACACAUUGUGACUUCUGGUGUAACUGGUGCAACUCAGUUAGCAGGUGUAGGGACUGUACCAGGAGUCACAGGUGUAACUGGAGUAACAGGUGUAACUGGAGUAACAGGUGUGACUGGAGUACAGACCCUCAACACUGUGAGUGGUGUUGGCUCGGUGACGGGUGUAACAGGUGUAACUGGGGUGGCCUGGUACAAUUACAGUCCAGAUGCAGUUGGUCAGCUGAUAACUACAAGUGGUCCUGCAGUUCAAGUGGAACUUGGCAGUCCAGAUAUUGCACGGCAGUUCAACCAGCAAGUUCAGGCUCAGUAUGGUAAUCUACAGGUUCAAGUUCAAGCUGUUGCAACCCAAGCACCAAUUGCCAAGCCUCAACCUGCAGUUACUCCAGACCCACUCAUGAUUGUUAAACAAUCCAAGCCACGCGUACGCCAGAGUGGAGGAGAACGUGUACCAUGUCCAGAGUGUGGAAAAACUGUUUCUUGUAAUGCAACACUUCGAGACCAUCUUCGCACUCAUACAGGGGAAAAACCUUUUGUAUGUGGUGAAUGUGGCCUAGCUUUUGCACAGCGUUCCAACCUGCGCAUGCACAAACGGCUUCAUACAGGUGAACGCCCAUAUAUGUGUGGCAUAUGUGGUAAAACCUUUGCCCGUUCAUCUCAUUUACCAGCACACAUGCGUACACAUACUGGUGAGAAACCUUAUGUUUGUCAGCGAUGCAACCAUGCCUUUAUCACAGCACAACAACUGAAGAAUCACUUUAGAGUUCACACAGGAGAGAAACCCUGGAAAUGUGAUCGCUGUAGUGCAGCUUUCACACAUUCAUCAUCUUUAUCAACGCACAAGAAAAAGCACACUGGUCAGAGGCCUUAUCAGUGUGAGAAAUGUAAUAAGGCUUUCUUCUUUAGCUCAGCAUUGGACAAGCAUAUGAAAGUGCAUUCCAAAGCACGCCCAUUUAAGUGUGAUUCCUGUGAGAAGGCAUUCAAAUACAAAGAGAGUUUAACUGUGCACAAAGAGAAAUAUUGUGGUAAGGAAGUGUCCAAGAAGCCUCGUGCCCCUCGCCGUCCUGAUGCCAAAAAGCCAGGUCCAAAACCUGGCAGUGGUCGUAAGUAUGUUCAGAAAAGAAAAGGUCGACCCCGUGGUAGACCCCGUAAACGAGGUCGUUGGGGUAAACGGGGAAGGCCUAGGAAGUAUAUCAAGGAGGAAGAUGAUGAGGAUGAGGAAGAUUUUGAUCCUGAGCUUGAGGCUGAAGAAAAUACUGCUGAAGUUAUGGCUGAUGAAGAAGAAAAUGAAGAGGAGUUGAUACCAGAAGCCACUAUAGAUCCACUUAAAAUUGAAAAGCUAACAGCUGAAGAUGCUGAGCUUCAUCAUGAACAUUUAGAGCAACAUCAUGAGGAAUUACACCACCAUCAUGCUUUGCAGCAUGAACAUAUGCAUCAUACUACACAUGAAAUUCACAUUGAUGAUGCCACAGCAUUGACCAUUGUUUCUCCAGAAGAAGCUGAGCAGCAGGCUGUGGAAGCAGCAGCUGUUGGAGGUGUGCAGUUGGUUACAUUACACUCAGAAGUUCCAAUUCAGAUAGUUUCACAUGAUCCCCAAGUUACCCAUCAGUUAAUUACUCGUGAUGGUGUACAGAUGUGGUAUCCUCGACAGUAUCAGUGAACCAGCAGAUGUGACUGACUACAUCUGCUUCUUUUGUGUUAAGAAGUAUUCAUGACUAGUGCAGUAGUCACGACUCAUGAGAAAAGACAUCAAUAGAUGUAUCUAAAAACCCAUUACAGUAUAUUGUUGCUUCCAAGAUAAAAAUUAAAAAUCUAGUUUUAAUUGUCUUAUGAUUAAAAACAAAUUUUAUUUGAAAAGUUUUGUACAUCUAAUUUGGUGCCUGUUGGCAGUUAAAAUUUUUUUAUUUUUUAUUUUAUUUUAUUUUUUUUAUUUUUAGAAAUACUGAGUAAUCAUUGAGGUUAAUUUCCUGUGCCAAUGGGAAACCGUCAAAAUAUCAUCAUGCAAUGAAUAUUUAAAAUGAGUUAAAUCUUCUUAGAGUCUAAGCUACUUUGUCAUAUCAUAUAAUUUUCAUAACUACAUAAUAUAUUUUCAGGAUUUAUUCUCUUAAAAAUUUUAAAGAAGAUUUUGCUAUUCAUUUUUCAUCAGAAUUUCAUGGACAUUUUGUGUAUUGUAAGUUGCAUGCACUGAUAUACUGUACAUUUAUUAAGAACAUUUUAUCAGCUUUCGGUGCUCAGACCUUUUUAUGUAGCUGAAUCCUUUGUUUUACACAUUACUACAAUGUUCUGUUUUUAAUAUAAGCCAGAAGGGUAAACAUACAUACAUGUAUGAAGUCUUAUCAUGGUAGUAUCAUGAUGAGUUGUGUAUGGAAAGUAUUGAUUAUAUUAGCUCCAUUAAUUCUGGAGGAACCUUCUGUUUGCAAGAGGUUCUUCUGUUAACAGGUUUAAAAGAGUAUGAUUUGCAUCUUUGGUGUUAGUGAUACAAGUAUGUCUGAAGCUGUGUUGGUAAUGCCUGAUUAUAAUAUGGAAUUAAAGUAUGUUUCCAAGUACUGUAUUCUGGGAUCCAUUUUUAUGUUGGGGAAAACCACGACACAUAUCAGCACCCUAAUUAUCAUAGACACUGUGUUAACAACUUCAAAUGCUGAUGCUGUACAGGGUGAGCAUAAAGUCUUUCCCUGAUUACAAACAUUUAUUACACAAAACAUAUGCUAGGUACAAACAUACAGUUUUUUGCAGCUUAAAAUAUGCAUGAAAAAAUCUAUGAAUUUGUCUAGACAAUGCUACAACAUUCAUGUUUCUAUCUAGAAUGGUCUUCGAGAUAUGAUUUUUCAUAAUCAGGUAAAGACUUUAUGCUCACCCUGUAUAUCUAAAAUCAACAUAAGUACACAAGAACCUGUAUACUCAAACAUACAUGCAUAAACACUUGCACAUGGACCGAUGUAGAGGGUGAAUGUUUGAUGAGACACAAAAUGCUCACUGAAAAGCAAACAGUUGACCCCUGACUAGUGAUAUGUUACUGAUGGUGUCAGAAAAUAUUUCUGUGUUCCAAUAAAAACGGUUUGUCAGUAUCUUUUAGUGUUUAUGAGACUUGGCUGUUUAAAAGUAAAGGUAGUCUGGCAAUUACCUGUACAUGUAUUGGCUAUUAUCUACAGCAGGGAUCAGCAAUGUGUUAUUAUCUGAUUGCCACCAUUACAUUCCAUAUUCUCAAGACCUUCAGUGUGUGCCACCAUUUUUUCCUUGUAUAGAUACUGUUCAUCGGUACAUUAUAUCCAUUGUACUCACAUAUAAAGUAGUAGUACAGUAAUUGUAAAAUGUAAACUAUACAAAAACAUAAAAUUUGCAUUCUAUUGAUGUAAUUACAGAAAAGUUGUAAGAAAAUGUCAUAAAAUUAAUAUAGAAUUUAUCAAUUUGUGAUAAAAAUUAAAAGUAAUUUAGCUUUAAAAUUAAUACCAACUUUUGUAGAGUAUAUUGCUACAAGCAUAAAUCAUUUACUAUUUUUAAAAAAGGAAAACUGAUUUUGUUUUAAAUAACAUAUCAAUCUGUAUACUACAGGGUGAUUUUUUUUUAUUAGAGAACACUAAAUAAUUUCCAUACACUAAAAAGUAUAUGAGUUACGAACUAAUAUUUUGUGUAAUGUUAAAGGAAGAUGUUACAUGAUGAUGAGAAUUAUCAGGUUUGACUUGAGCCUUAAGCGCUGUUUAACAGUUUUCACUCGGUCACACCAUGAUGCUCUGUGGAAGAAGGCAUGUUUCUCUGAACUGUUUCACCAGUUUCCAUAUCACUGAUGUCGAAGGUUUUGCACGACCACUAAGGUAACCUUUAAAGGCAAUUUGACAUUGCCUAAAGGAUGCCUUCUUGAUGUAAUGUUUAACAAGAAAUAUGUGUUUUUCCACAGUGAGUGCCAUGGCACUGAUGGGUCAUGUGUUAAAUCAGUUGAUACCUGAUAACUCUCAGGAUUAUGUUACAGUAACAGGCUACAGUUAUGCAAAAUAUAAGGUUCCUAGCUGAUAUACUUGUACCUUUUAGUGUACUGUAUUGAGGGUUCUCGAAUAAAAAAAAUCACCCUGUAGUAAUAGUUACCACACCAAAACAAAUAAGAAAAUAUACUGUAUAUGGAAAUCUAUUGUAAUAAAUUUUUUUCAUAUCAUUUAA